GCGACGCUCACCGCUGAGAAGGGUCUUGAACAGCCCGAUGGCAUCCCCCAGAUGCUCACCUACCGCACCCAGACAUGCCGGCGGAUGCUGGACCCAGAGUUCAAUGCACACUGAUGCGUGCUCCACACGGGACUUAUGCCCGGAUUGCACCACGAAGUGGGUUAGCGGUCAAAGGAAUUGAUAUUGGCGUGGGAGUCGUCGACCGAGACUACACCAGAGAAGUACGCGUGGUGAUGAUCAAUACUACUGAUCAAAUCUUCCAGGUACACGCCGGUGAUCGAAUCGCACAAGUCAUUUUGGAGCGUAUUGCGUCAUGUGAUAUCGAAGAGGAUCCGGGGAGCUACGACGACGACCUCGGCAAGGCCGUCUUGCGCAUGCCGAAUGCGAGCGAGGGCGUGCUCUCAGAGAGCUGGCGGUCGGGCGACAGGGAGUACAAGGUGCAUAAGCGCAAAAUAAGCAUCAUGGGCAAGCUUUUACGUGCACGACAAGGGGGGACGCUGUGUACCUGGUACGCUUGUGGGUACGCUACGAAGUCAUGGGCAAGGUAGAGAGCCGGGAAAACUGGCGGAUGUGCACUGUAGGACCCCGUGCGUAUAUGCCUCUU